AUGAUUGUCUCCAUGGAAGCGAAUAAGAAACAGCAGGUUGGCCCCCUAGGGUGUCUGAGACACAGCAAUGGCCUUGUGGUGUUGCAUCUGCUCUCCAUUGUGCUCCUGACUGGGCUUCUUGUGACUGUUCUUGUUCAAGGUUUUAAGGGCCCCAGCUCCUCAGGGGAUGAGAAAAUCUACAAGCAAGUGAUGCAACUGGGGGCUGGAGUGGACAGCCUUUGCCGUCCUUGCCCCUGGGAAUGGACAUUCUUCCAUAGAAAAUGUUACUACGUCUCCAAGUCCCAGCGUAACUGGAAUGAUUCUGUCACUGCUUGCCAGGAAGUGGAGGCUCAACUAGUCAUUGUUGAGAGUGAUGAAGAACAGACAUUCAUGAGUGUGAUUUCUAAGGAUAAAGGAUCAGCCUGGAUGGGUCUCUCAGACCUGAAACAGGAAGGCAUGUGGCAGUGGCUAGAUGACUCACCUUUGUCAGACAGUUUCAUGAAACAUUGGAUCAAAGGAGAGCCCAAUAAUGAUCAGGAAGAAGACUGUGCAGAAUUCAGAGGCGAUGGCUGGAAUGAUGCCCCAUGUACAAUUAAGAAAUAUUGGAUCUGCAAGAAGUCUGCUAUGUCCUGCCCUGAAAAAUUAUGUCAUCUAUCUGUAACACCUGUUGCCAAAAUGACCCUGCAGGAUGACUGA